AUGCCACCACCCCAGCAAGCCACAUCCUCCACUACAACCCCGGCCAGUGACGAGCAAAUCCAGACCCAAAAAGACAAGAAGCUGUCCACCCUCCGCGCAUCCAUCGCAAGUCUACACUCCCAAAUCACAGAAACAGAAUCGCAGAUAGAGCAGACCAAGGCCAAAUUGAAAAAUGACCCAUCCACGACGGUUAAACGACACAUUCGUCUUCUCCAUGAGUACAAUGAAAUCAAAAAUAUCGCCCAGGGUUUGAUGGGUUUGAUUGCCGAUGCUCGUGGUGUACGGCAGGUGGACGUGCAGAGGGAGUAUGGGUUGGAUGAUCGGGACUGA